UAAAGUGUUCUUCCGUGUUAAUUUUAGACCUACCUAUAUCGACAUUCUACAUCUUUACCCAAGAUAACGUCGCAAAAGGCGAACGCUUAGCCGUCUAUUGUAUGUUAAAAACUGUAAAUCGUUCCUAUAGAACGCUCUUAUAUUCAACGGGUUUUGGACGUUUUAUGGGACUAAGUUCGUCCUCGAAAAAUAUGUCCACUUACAUCGUGGAACCGAGUGGUCAGCACACAGCUUCUCUAAUCUUUCUUCAUGGUUUGGGUGAUACUGGAGAAGGCUGGUCUCAACUAUUUCGCAUGAAGAAGAAACCGCACGUUCGUUACGUUUUCCCAACGGCACCUAUAGCCCCUGUUACUCUAAAUGGAGGUAUGCCGAUGCCCUCAUGGUUCGAUAUAUACGGUUUGGCGCCAGAUUCGCCUGAGGAUGAACAAGGCGUAAAACAAUCUGCUCAGAAGUUAGCCCAGUUAAUAUCUGAUGAGGAAAAGCGAGGCAUACCAAGAAGUCGUAUAGUUAUCGGCGGUUUCUCACAGGGAGGAGCUGUAGCCUUAUAUACAGCCUUCACUUCUGGCGGAUCUAAAUUAGGAGGUCUUUUGGCCUUGUCAACUUGGAUGCCUUCUCAUAAGACCCUUCCUGAACUAAUAAACCAAAGUGAAAACAAAGCUCUAAAAAUUUUGCAAUGUCAUGGCCAAGUGGAUCCAGUUGUACAAUUUUUUAUAGGUGUAAGAACCUCAGAAAUAUUGAAAGCUAAUUGUCCCAACUUCACGUUUAAGCAAUAUGAAAACCUUGCGCACAGUUCCUGUGAUGAGGUUUGUAUAUAUUUCUUCCUUUCUCUUAAUGCAUUAACUCGACUGUUAAUCCUAUUAUGAUGGCUUUAUUCAGUUGAAAACAGCCAGACUUCUCUUUUAGCUAAAAAGCUCUCUUUAACUAAAAUUGCAAAACAAACAAAAAGGCAACUGUUUUAACAGCAAUUAAUAAUCACUUGAGUACGUUUUACACAAUUAUACAAGAGAAUUUUUUUGACGCUAGUGUAACUAAUUUUGGCCAAACACAAAAAAAGUCUCUAGAAAGGGUUUUUUUCUUUUCACUUUGAAUAAUAUAGCCCCUGCAGAUGUCCAAAUUCAUAUUCAUUUACUUACACUUUAGUUAACCGGAUAUUUUAUAGUGCCUAUUUUAUAGAGAUUCAGUAAUGGCUAUAGUGAAUAUUAACACUUUUGCGGCUAAAUAUAGAAAAAAAAGUCUUACUUUAAUCAUUUUCUACUAUUAAAUAAAAACUAAAUUCACGUAUAAUUUCCACUAUGAGUACUGUACAUACUGUAUUUACAGAGCUUCUGUUUAUAAUCUGAAAUGCAUUUUAUCCUUUCAAGUAAUUUAUACCUUCGCUUGUGUAUAAGUUACCUUAUUGAUAUUAUCAAUUUUCAUCGUCGAAAAUUGCUAUCGGCCUUAUUGCGUCAUGAAUACCAAAAUAGUUUCACUAACGUAUAGAUGAUUACUUUAUGUAAAUUCUGAAUGGAGCCUUCGGAAAACAUCUUUCAAUUUUUUGUAUUUAAAGAUCCUCAUAUUACAUAAUUCAACAUGUAUUUUUACUUUAAUUGGGAUAGGGUGAAGAGGUCUAAAGUCAUAAACAUCUUAUUACGGUUUUCCCUUAUAUACCAUAGACUGCUAAUUUGUAACAAACAGAAUCUGAUUUAACGGAUGAAAAAAUUUCCUACGCCUCUAGCUUUAUCGGCUUAUUAUUAGCCUCCUUUUUUCACAUUCUUCUCUAGCAGCUUACAUAGCUAAAGGAAUCAAAUAUUUUAGUUUAUUAGCAAUACGUAAAGCAGUUGUUUUAGUGACGUAAUUAACCUUCUAAUGAAAGAAAAAAAUCUUCAUCAGAUAUAAUGAAUUUUUUCUCCUCCUUUCUAUUUUCUGUUCGAAUAAUUACACAUUCCUACUAUAUUACUCCUACCUUAUAUGGAGCUAAUUAUUUUUCUUUCACCUAUUUUUCUUACACCUAUUAUGUAAUAUCUAUAGAUUUCAGUUUAUAAAAACUAAAUGAUAAAGAAUAUGUUGAACUAAAAAAGAAAUAAUUCUUUUGACUAUACGAAGGAAUUGUUUCUUUCCUUUUUAAGCCAUAGAAUUUUUUUAAUAACUUAUAAUACCGAAAAAAAAGCACUACGUUCUCUUUCUUAACACAAACAUUUAUUCCCCAUUACUAAAAUAAUAAAAUCUAUAAAACUGAAUUAUUUGGCAAAUAGUGUAUCUCUAAACCUCCAAGAACGAACACUUUAAGGUAAAGUCCUUUGAGGGAGAGUAGAAAUAACAGAAAUGAAAUAUUUAGGUAAAUACGUCACUGCUAGUGUCGUCUUCAAAAUAAAUAUAGUACGUGUAAAAAUAGAAUUUUUGCUAACGUUAAAAAAUUAUAGCAAUGACGAGCUAUGAAGGGAAAAUACCUAAAUAAUUAUAAAUAAUAUACAUACUUACAUAUAUCACUUUUACAGGAGCUGGUAGACGUUUUCAAGUUCCUUAACGAGGCGAUCCCAUGAAGAAAAGAAUUACAGUUAACGAAAAUAAUGCAUGUUCUAAUUUUUUUUAUCCUUGGCUAGCAUUUUCUUGUUCGUGUUGAUGCAUGAUAUAAAAACAAGUUAGACAGAAAACAAAUACAUUUUGAAAACCUCGUCAUGAAACAGAGCAAUUACAGUUUUUGUUAGUAUGUACAGUAGUUUGUCUUUCUAUGCAUGACAACAGUAGAUUUUUAUAGUUUUACAAACAACGAAGACGUUAAACAUCGAGCCAAAUGUAUAUAUAUAUACAUGUAUAUAUUACUCCUGAUUGAUUUUGCAAGAAGCGCCUCCAGUCUUUUCUGAUGCUACUCUCUUAGUUUGAAAAACUAGUUGGAAUAGUUUCUUGGCUUGUAGAAAUAAAGGAAAGCAUAUUUCUUUUCCAAUAACUAUUAGUUUAGUUGCCAAAUUAUUGAUUUAGAAAUUAACUUCGUCUGUCGUGUCAUUCUGAUGCUUAAUAAGUUUGCUUACUAUUAGCAAGCUAACCAUUUUUUUCCUACUAAUGAAAUGUUGAUUAGUAGUGACUUUAGAUUUCCAUCAAGUAUAUUCUCUCGCUGUCCCACGAGUUACAACCCACCGUAAUACGUACUUUAUAUGCAUUUAUCUCUCUUUUAAACAAAAUUUAUGUAUAGUGUCUAAAAUAAAUUCUAAAUUUAAUACUCUCUUUCUCUCUUCUCACAUCAUUAAAAACUUUUAUCAGAG